UUUUCUUCUUCAGGAAGAGGCUCCUCAAAGCCUUCCCUGCUGCCCGAAGCUUGGACAGAGAUGGAUAUCACACAACAUGUUGUGCAAAAACUCUGGAAUCACAAGGGGCGCAGGGUUUUACGACUCCGCUUCCUGUGUCAGCAGCCAAGAGGUAGUGAGGUUCUUGAGUUCCGGUGGCAUGGCACUUCAUCUUUGGACACUGCUUUCUUGUUACUCUAUUUCAAUGACACUCAGAGUGUUCAGAAGGCCAAACUUCUCCCCAGAGGCCUGGAAGAGUUUACGGAAAGAGACCCUUCUCUUCUCUUGCGGAGGGCUCGUCAAGCAGGCAUUAUCGCAUCUGAGGUUCCUGGCUGCUCCAGGGAGCGCGAUGGGCCUGAAAGUAACCAGUGUUCCCUCCACCCUUUCCAAGUCAGCUUCCAGCAGCUGGGCUGGGAUCACUGGAUCAUUGCUCCCCAUCUCUAUACCCCAAACUACUGUAAGGGAGUCUGCCCUCGGGUACUACACUAUGGUCUCAAUUCUCCCAAUCAUGCCAUCAUCCAGAACCUUGUCAAUGAGCUGGUGGACCAGAGCGUCCCCCAGCCCUCCUGUGUCCCUUAUAAGUAUAUUCCUAUUAGCAUUCUUCUGAUUGAAGCAAAUGGGAGUAUCCUGUACAAGGAAUAUGAGGAUAUGAUUGCCCAGUCCUGCACGUGCAGGUGAUAGCAAAAGUACAGCUAGCUCAGGUUUGCCUGAGAAAUUAGAAAAGGAUUUAAAAUAAACUAAUAUUAAUGUUA